AUGGAAAAAUAUGAAAAUUUAGGAUUAGUGGGAGAGGGAAGUUAUGGUAUGGUAUUAAAAUGUAAGCACAAGGAAAGUGGACAAAUUGUAGCCAUUAAAAAAUUCUUAGAAAGUGAAGAUGAUAAAAUGGUGAAGAAAAUUGCUUUAAGAGAAGUGAAAAUGUUAAAGCAACUAAGACAUGAUCAUUUAGUAAAUCUACUAGAAGUAUUCCGUCGAAAGAAAAGACUAUAUUUAGUGUUUGAGUUUGUGGAUCAUACAGUACUAGAUGAAUUAGAGAAAUGUCCUAAUGGACUAGAUGAAAAUACAGUGAGAAAAAUACUAUUUCAAGUAUUAAAAGGAAUCGAAUUCUGCCAUUUACACAGUAUUAUACAUCGUGAUAUCAAACCUGAGAAUAUAUUAGUCAGUAGAAAUGGCAUUGUUAAGUUAUGUGAUUUUGGAUUUGCUAGAACACUAGCUCAACCUGGUGAAACCUAUACAGAUUAUGUAGCAACUAGAUGGUAUAGAGCACCAGAAUUAUUAGUUGGUGAUACCAAAUAUGGCAGAGCUGUAGAUUUAUGGGCUAUAGGAUGUUUAGUAGCUGAAAUGUUAACUGGUGAACCAUUAUUUCCUGGUGAUUCAGAUAUAGAUCAAUUAUAUCAUAUUGUAAAAUGUUUUGGUAAUUUACCUACCAGACAUAGAGAGGUAUUUCUACGGAAUCCAUUAUUUGUUGGUAUGAGGUUACCAGAAGUGAGAGAAACUACACCUUUAGAGAAGACAUUUAAACGUGUAUCAAACAUAGCUUUAGAUAUAAUGAAGCAAUGUUUAAAAUUAGAUCCAGAUGAUAGACCUCAGUGCUCAGAGUUAGUGAAACGUGAAUUCUUCCAAAAAGAUGGUUUCGCUCAAAAGUUUGCACAAGAUUUAAAAACCAAAUUACAUCGUGCCAAUCAAGAUAAUCCUCUAAUAAAAUCAACCAAUAAACCUGAUAGUGCUACUAAUGAAAAGGAUUCCACAGAUUCUUUGAAGAAGAAAAUAAAGAAAAAAGUAGAUUCCAAAGAUGGUUCUAAAGACAGUAAAGAAAAGUUACAGGUAUGA